AUGCCACUCGCGUCUUCAAGCUCUAGCAGAAUAUUGGAAAGACUGGGUAAUUUCCUUCACCCAGAUCGCCUCCAAUUACUCAGUCAUCCCAUAGACGAAAACAGGCUCCCUCUUCAGAUUGGAUCAAGAGUUUCGGUGAAGCAAUACAACCAUUUUCUUAAAACUCAAGAAUCUUGUGGGUACAAAUUCGAACGACAAUUAAACGGCGACGUAUACAUCAUCGACAUGGGCAAAUCUGUUCAUGGAGCCAUCGUUUCACUGUUGAACUGGUUUUUUAUCACUGUUAAUGGCAGUGCUGUCUUUUAUGAUCCUUUA